AUGGGAAUUGGGUUACUUUUCACCUGCUUCCUGGUAUUGGAUAUAAGUUUUUCGAGCUCCCUUAAUAUAUGUUCACCAUGCAAUCAGAAAAAUCCAGUUGUUUCUAAUGUGACCUUAGGAGCAACCUGCAAUCACAAAGUUUCCAUUGACGCUAUCAAAACUGGCAUAAAUUUUGUGAUUCAGAAAUUAAGUUUUCGUACUAAAGUAUUGAAAAGAAAUUUUGGUUAUGUGAAGGUUCCUUAUCAGAAUCCACCCAAUGUUCGUGUAAUGUACCCUUUUUGUGGAUUUCGUAGAAGAAUCAAAAGGAAGGUUCGUUUCAUACAUGAGACUUAUGCAAACUUAACCUUGGUAUACGAAGUGUUAGAAACAGUUUCAAUACCGCACGAGGCAGAUGUCAUACCUGCAUCUUCUUUACAACCCAUUAUGUGUAGUUUAUAUCAGGCUAAUAGGAACCUUCAUUGCUCUAAAACAGCAAGAAAAAAGAAGGGAAAGAUGAAAAGAAGAAAGAAGAUAAAGAAGUUCAAAACGACAAAAGAUUGUCGAAUUAGAAGAAAAAGGUUUAGAUAUUCAAAACGAAAUCAUCCCGAACCUGGUGAAAAAGAUCUGUUAAAGCUCAGAGUCGCGCAACAAAUUUUGCAGGAAACGUUAUUCUUUUGGGAAACCUAUGUGGUGGAAAAAAAUGGAACACUCAUGCUUAAACAAAAUGCUGAAGAUCAGACAAAUGUUCAGAGGAUCAUGAGAUGCAAACGUAGAAAAUAUCGUAGAAGAGAUAUAUUAGCAAAAUAUUCCAUGAAACAGAGGCAUAGUUAUUAUUUGAACUUUAUUGUAUCGUAACCGGUGAUUUAAAGUAUGGCAGCUACCAUUUGAAUUCUCACGAACAUCUCUGUCAGCAUUAUAGCAUUAUUUUACUUUGAUUCCUUCCAUUGAUUUUUUUCUCUUCAUGAAAUAUAUGGAGAUAAAGAACAGGUCUAUAGGAGUUCAAACGUCAGUUUAACAUAAUAGAGUAGGAGCAAAGCAAACAAAGACCUCCAAAACAUCAGAGGUGGGAUCACGUACCGCGGAAGAUUGAGCAUCCCCUACCGACCGGUCACACCCACCGUUUGCUUCUUGUCAUGAUGGAGAAAUAAUGGGAAGAUAAUCCUUCGACAAUUUAGAGUGUAUAAAAUGGCCUAGCUAAUAGUAUGGAAAGCGUCAGUCAGCGUUUGACUUUAUGAAAAAUUGUAUUUCCUGACAAGAUUAUUCUAUCGACCAUAGAACUUUCGAAAUGAUGAUUUUAAACGAAACUAACAAGUCAUUAUAGAAACUGUAAGGAGUUUUAUCUCAUGCAUGCGUUUAUCUCAUUAUAAUUAAUUUUUCGGUAAAUAUAAUUACAUGAGGUAAAAAAUUUAAAA